GCGGUGCGCGGCUCGGAGCAGGAGCCAAUAUGGCGGCCGAGCGCAAGACGAAAUUGUCCAAGAACCUGCUGCGCAUGAAGACCCCUUACUACAUAUCAUUCAUCAUGCUGAAACUGAGGAAGCAGAUCAUCUAGACAAAGUCCUUGCCCUCAAGGUCUUCAGAAGAGACAGAUGCUCAAAACAUUAAGUUCAUGCAAAGGGGCCUGGACUCGGAGACCAAGAAGCAACUAGAAGAGGAAGAAAAGAAAAUAAUUAGCGAAGAGCACUGGUAUUUGGAUUUGCCAGAGCUUAAAGAAAAAGAGUGUUUCAUAAUAGAAGAGCAGAGUUUCUUGUUAUGUGAAGAUCUUCUCUAUGGAAGAAUGUCAUUCAGAGGAUUUAAUCCUGAGGUUGAGAAAUUAAUGCUCCAGAUGAACGCUAAGAACAAGGUGGAAGAAGUUGAAGAUGAAGCAGUGGAGCUCGAUGUGUCAGAUGAAGAAAUGGCCAGAAGAUAUGAGACCUUGGUGGGGACAAUUGGAAAAAAGUUUGCCAAAAAAAGAGACCGUGCCAGUUAUGAAGAAGAUGAAAAUGGACACAUAAAACCAACAGUUAAAGUAAAGAAGAUGUUUCUAAAGCCCCAGGAUUAAAGUAGAUGCUUUGAGACAGAGCUCAGUGUAGCUUUGUGA